AUGGAGAGCAUCAACUCUGAGGACAUUGUCCAGUUCUGCGCCAUCACCUCCGCCGACCCCGAUGUCGCCUCCAACUACCUGACCGUCUGCGAUGGAUCACUUGACCGCGCUAUCACUCUGUACAUGGAGAGCGGAGGAAUCGACCUGUCAGGAACCACCUCAACCUCCAACAACAACAAUAAUAGCAACGUCAGCAGAGGCGAGCGUCGUUCACGGUCAUCCUCCAAUGACGGAUCUGGUGAUUUUGGAGGUUUCGAUCAGGAUGAAGAGUUGGCACGUUCGCUCCAAGAAGAGGAUUCCAGGGCUGCCCAAUCUAUCCGUGCACCAAUUGCACCCAGACACGAAAUGCUCCUAGGUGACGAUUAUGGUGGCCACAGCAGCAGCUCCAUGUUCCACAGUGGCUCCUCCCGGGCCCGUGCUGCUCCCUCCGUGUUCUUGCCUCCAGAUUCCUCUACUCUUGCUCGUGAUGCUUUCCGCGACUUUGCUGCCGAAGCUGCCACAAUGGGAGGAGAUUCAAGCCCAAAGACUUCACGUCUGGCUGACCUGUUCAAGGCGCCGCUCGAUAUGAUGGCUAGAGGUGACUUUGAUCAGAGCCGAAAUGUCGCCAAGAACGAGACAAAGUGGCUCAUGGUCAACAUUCAGGAAGCUGGGGUGUUUGCCUGUCAGGUGUUGAACCGUGAUCUCUGGAGCGAUCAAAGCGUCAAGGAGAUUGUCAAGGAGAACUUUAUCUUUUUGCAGUUCUACUCUGAUAGCGUGGAAGGCAAGAAGUAUGCGGCAUACUACCCUCUGAAGACAUUCCCACAUAUCGCAAUCAUCGACCCACGCACAGCCGAAAGAAUGCAUGUCUGGAGCAAGACCAUCGACCCUGUCGACUUUCUUUCGGAUGUCUCUGAAUUCCUAGAUAUUCAUUCGCUCACGGACUCUGCUUCAAAGCCUUCGCUGCCGAAGAAGAAGAAGAUUGUCAAGGACGUAUCGGACAUGACUGAGGAGGAGCAGCUCCAUGCAGCGAUGAUGGCUUCAAUGGGCGGCGAUGCGUCCAAUGCCAUCGAUGUCCCUGAUGAGGAGCCCGAAGAUGUUUCGACGCCAUUGGAGGAAGAAGAUCCUCUGCCUGAAGUUGAAGUUGUCGAGGAGUCCGUGUUCGAUAGCAUAAAGCCAGUGCGCCACGAGGAGCCUACCGAUUUGGCAACCUCCACAAGAAUUGGUUUCCGUCUCAGCGAUGGAUCGCGGUUGAUGCAUCGUUUCCCCAAGUCUGCACCCGUCCGUGCGUUGUUCGAGUACAUCAAGUCUGAACUGGUCUUUAUUGGCAAGCAGCUUUUGGAUGAUAUUGACAAGACUCUCACGGAGGUUGGCGUUGAGAACGCACAGAUCAUGGUUCAGAUGUGA